CCUCACCGUGGCUCUGUGGGAUGCUGCUGGGACCCAACUGAACUGCUCAGGAUGUUGAGCUGGGUGGUUAAAGUCGUCCCCCAGCCGCCUGAACUUCCAUCCAAAAACACUGAAGAUGCCAAGGAAGGAAAACCAGAAGCGGCCCCGCCCACUGCUGUGGCCCCGCCCACUGCACCAGAGAAGAAGGUGACGUUUGAAGAUGAGUGCAAGAAGGACGCUGCAAAACUGAAUCAGGACGUUGAGGCAGGGAACGGUCCGGGUCCAGGCAUGCUGACCUGGAUCAGCAGCGCUCUCCCUCUGCCGGUGCCGCCGGCCAACCAGAACCGGGCCAACUCCGCCGCCAAGGAGGAAGCAGCAGCCAGCAAGCCCGACGAUGAGAAGGGGAUGAUGUCCUGGAUCUCUCAGGGUUUGGAGAAAGUUGUUCCUCAGCCCGAACUGAGGAGCAGAGAGUCUCCGGCGGCCGAGCAGCAGCUUCAGGUGCAGCAGGCAGCAGCUCCAGCAGACGCUCAGAGAGCCGGGAAGGAGCUGGAGCCGGUGGACCAGACCGCUCCACCCAGCAUGAUGGACUGGUUCAAACACGGCAUCGUGAAGGUGGUUCCUCAGCCGGAGAACCUCCCAAAGACUGAAGGAACCAGCAAGUCUGAAGCUCCGUCCAAAGCGCCCCCUGCAGUUCCUCCUCCGGCCACCAGACCCACUCCAGAGACAGAACCUGCAAAGGAAGCAGAGCAGCAGCCGAACGUGGUGGGUUGGAUCGUCAGUGGGAUCGGCCGCAUGCUGCCGCAGCCCGUCCCCAGGCCGGAAACAGGAAGUGAUGACAUGCAGAACAUCAGCAGCGCUCAGAAGAUGAGUGACUUGGUGCUGGAGGACCUGGAGGACCUGGAGGAGGCGCCGACUGUGAAGGAGGCGGACGUUGCGGAGCCGCUGACUCCGAUGGAUGGCGUGAAGAAGGAAGCAGGCGACGGCGCUCACAUGGAGGAAAGGCUGCAGCGGCUGGAGGCGGCCCGCGUUGCCGAGGAGAUGGCCCGGCAGGCGGCGGCAGAGGCGGUCCGGCAGCUGGAGGUGGAGCGUUCGGCCAAGAUCGUCAUAGAAACGCUGCCGGAGUCCAACGACCAGCUGCCCAACAUCCUGGAGGAGGAGAACGAGGACGAACCGGAGUGUCUGGUGGACGUCUGCCCAGCUGAAGACAAUCCUGAAGCUGCAGCUGAAGAGAGGCAGGUGGAGUCUCUGGCCCCGCCCACUGCACCUGAGCCAGAAGACCAGGUGACUCCUUCAUCCACUGAUGUGGAGCCGGCGUCAGAGAGGAGAGAUCUGGAGAGUCCCAUUACCCAACAACCAGAACCGCACCUUGAAGAGGCCCCUACCCACACUGCAGAGCAGAGCGAAGCAGCAGCAGGAGAAGAAGAAGAGGCAGGAGGAUCUGGAGGAAGCUGCAGGAACGCUGACGCUCCGGCGCUGAUGCUGCAGGCUGCAGGUCCGGACGAGCUGCACGGACUCAACCUGUGCAUCCCGCAGAUAAUCACAACCCCAGAACCGGAGCCCAGCACGCUGAUGGUGCCUCAGCUCAGAGCUGACCCGACGGCAGGCGAGGAGGACGAGGAGCUGCUGAAGGCCCGGUCCAGUCAGGGAGACGAUGAGAUGCGGCCGCAGUCUGCCGCCAGCGUGGCCAGCGUCACGGUCCAGGAGCGCCUCAACCAGCUGGUCGGGCUCUUCAAGGGCCGGACGGAGCGGCACAAAGACCGCCUGGCGGAUCCCGACGAGUCCGAGGAGGAGAGCCCCACUGCCUCUCCUGCCAAAGCUCCGCCGGCUCCUCCGCCGCCUCCGCCUGGACAGGAGAAGAAGGACGAACCGGAACCACCGCAGGAGGCGGGUCUGUUCCAGUUUGAACUCCUGGGUCAUCCGGUCCAGCUCCCCAAACUUCCCCCGAUGCCCGACUGGCUGCGGUCCAUCCUGGAAUACCGCUUCCCGUCCAGCAUCGAUCCGUUCACUGACCUCAUCUAUGUGAUCUGGCUGUUCUUCGUGGUGGCGGCCUGGAACUGGAACGUGUGGCUGAUCCCAGUGCGCUGGGCGUUCCCCUACCAGACGCCGGACAACAUCCACCUGUGGCUGCUGGCCGAUUACACCUGCGACUUCAUCUACAUCGCAGACAUCCUGGUCUUCCAGCCGCGGCUGCAGUUUGUCCGCGGCGGAGACAUCGUGUGUGACAAGAAGGACAUGAGGGAGCAUUACAUGACCACCGAGCGGUUCAAGAUGGACGUCAUCAGCCUGUUCCCCAUGGAGAUAUUUUACUACUUCACAGGAGUGAACUCCCUGCUGCGCUUCCCCCGCCUGCUGAAGUACAUGGUGUUCUUCGAGUUCAACGACCGGAUGGAGGCCGUGAUGAAGAAGGCCUACAUCUACAGGGUGAUCCGGACCUCCACGUACCUGCUCUACUCGCUGCACAUCAACGCCUGUCUCUUCUACUGGGGCUCCGACUACGAGGGUCUGGGAUCCACCAAGUGGGUCUACGACGGGAAAGGCAACGCUUACAUCCGAUGUUACUACUUUGCUGUGAAGACGCUGAUCACCAUCGGAGGACUGCCGGACCCCACCACCGUCUUUGAGAUCUGCUUCCAGCUCAUCAACUACUUUGUGGGCGUGUUUGCAUUCUCCAUCAUGAUCGGCCAGAUGAGGGAUGUGGUGGGAGCAGCGACUGCAGGAGAGAACUACUACCGGGCCUGCAUGGACAGCACCGUCAAGUACAUGAACUCCUACAGCAUUCCCCGGGAAGUCCAGAACCGGAUCAAGACUUGGUACGACUACACCUGGAAGAGCCAGGGCAUGCUGGAUGAACAGGAACUCCUGAUUCAACUUCCUGCUAAGAUGAGGAUGGACAUCGCCGUAGACGUCAACUACACCAUCGUCAGCAAAGUGGCCCUGUUUCAGGGCUGCGACAGGCAGAUGGUGUUCGACCUGCUGACCAGGCUGAAGUCUGUCGUUUACCUGCCGGGAGACUUCGUGUGUAAAAAGGGGGAGAUCGGACGGGAGAUGUACAUCAUCAAGCAGGGGGAGGUCCAGGUGGUGGGCGGGCCGGACCUGGAGACUGUGUUCGUCACCAUCAGAGCUGGUUCCGUGUUCGGAGAGAUCAGCCUGCUGGCGGGGGGCGGAGGGAACCGGCGCACCGCCAACGUGAAGGCGCACGGCUUCGCCAACCUGUUCAUCCUGGACAAGAAGGACCUGGCAGAGAUCCUGGUCCACUACCCCGAGUCCCAGAAGCUGCUGCGCAAGAAGGCCAAGACGAUGCUGACCAAAGACAAGAAGCCGGAGGAGAAGGAGACGCGCAAGGAGGUGGCCGAGGUCAUCCCCCCCCGACCCGACACCCCCAAACUGUUCAAGGCCGCCCUGAAGGUCACGGAGCGCGCCGGCAUCGAGGGAACAUUCGCCAAGAUGAAGAAGGUUUACCAACCGGCUGAGGGCCAAACGGAGGCUCCGCCCCCCAUCUCUCCGGUGCCGCCCCCUUCUCCAAUGCACCGCCGCUCUCCAGUCCCGCGCUCGGCUCUGGAGGACAGGGACGAGUCGGUGGCAGAGACGGCGGACAGCUCCGUCAUCAUCAGGAUGACGCCACGGCAGGAAGGGGAGGAGCUUCUGACGGUGGAGGUGUUGGAGGAAGGAGCAAAGAGGGAGGAGGAGGAGGGAUGAGGAAGCUGCAGUACCGCCUUCGGCCACAUGGGUAGCUAACGGCGGUCAGAGGGGGCGCUGUUUCCCCAGGAGAGGAAACGUCGAAAUUACAGACUCAGUUUCCCAGAGUUCAUAGCUUUUGUUCUGCAGUCUGCCUCUGAACUGAAGCUUUUAGAUGCUUUUAUUAGCGAGGAUGAGGAGCGGGCGAUGAAGAGUAAAUGAUGAAGAGCAGCGUUGCUUCUGAAUCGAUGACGAUGGACUGAAAGAUCUGCGGCUCCAACACAGACAACAAUCAU